AUGGCUUCUCCAGUCGGACACAAUCGCCGCCAUUACGAUGUUCUGGUCCUUGGCGCUGGCAUGUCCGGCUUGGCUUGUGCUGCGAGACUUCACGAGAAUGCCUACUUCAGAGGCGAGCAUCGUCUGAAGGUGCUGGAGGCACGCAAUAGGAUAGGUGGUCGAAUCAAUGCCGUCUACGUCAACGGCCAUCGCCUUGAUACCGGUGCGAAUUGGAUUCAUGGCAUUGGCACCAAAGACAAGCCCAAUCCGCUAAUGCACAUCCUGCCUCACAAAAGGUACAGACAGCUGGGAGGCCAGGUCACAUUUCGACCAGCACAGACGACGUCCAGCGCUAUCCAACAUGGUGAUGGGGUGGAAAUAGAGCCAACGCAGCAUCUCGACACGGGAAAUGUCCGCUUGCAUAACGACCUAGUCAUCCCUUCGAAAGUGGCCGAGAUCAUGAUGAACGCCGUCUGGCCAAUGAUUGACUCACUACAUGAAACCGCAGCCAAAGUUCCCGAGCACGAAGCAGCUCGAACGACAAUGCUCCAUGCUGUAGCACAAAAUGUGGAGUUCAAGGAGGCAUUCAAAAAACUGCCGCAAGAAUAUCAUCUCGCUAUGAAUGCCAUGCCACAGUUCAUCGAGUCAAUCGAGGCCGCACCCCUGGCUGCUCAAUCCGCUGAAAAUCCUGUCGAUAAUCCAGGUAUGAGUCUGCUAGAAUUUAGCGUUGAAGACUUCGAUGGUGAUCAAGUCUUUCUCCAGGAUGGCUACAUCGCUGUCAUCGAUGAAAUCGCCAAGCCUCUCGUCGAAGCUGGCUUGAUUCAGCUAGACACGCAAGUUCUACUCAUUGACUGGCAGCACAGUCCAAUCAAAGUCAUCACCAACAAUGGUGCAUAUACCGCUAACGACGUCGUAUGCACCCUUCCCCUCGGCGUCUUACAAAAUCAUCUCAAAGCCACGGCACCCAAAUCUUUCUUCAAACCAGAUCUGCCUUCCGACAAGCAGACUGCGAUCAAAAGCCUUGGCUUCGGCACCUUGGACAAAAUUUUGCUCGUAUAUGAUCAUCCCUGGUGGAACGAAGAGCCCUACACGAAAAUUUUCAGAAAAGGACUCGUCUCCACACCGUUCGCUGCAGAGCCAAAUGCGACACCAGAUUCGUUACUGGGCUUCACCGACGAACUCGCAGGCAUUGAACUCCACGAAGACGGAACUGCAACCCCAGGACUUCGCGAUCUGUAUGUAGUCAACCUACACAACCUCACCAACACCCCCGCCCUCUCCGCCUUCGUCUCCUGCGCAAACGCAGUCGAGGUGGAAGCCAUGUCCGACGCACAAGCGGGAGGCAUCGUGCACCGCGCUUUGACUUCAUGGCUGGGACGCGCCCCGCCGACACCAGAUGUCAUUCAUGUGACUCGUUGGGCUGCCGAUGAAUUCUCGUUUGGGAGUUACAGUCAUAUGAUCACGGGUCUUUCCGAGACUCAGCAUCGUGUUGCUUUUCAGGAUCCUGUUUGGAAUGGUGAGGGUGGGGUGCUUAGGUUUGCCGGCGAACAUACUAGUCGGGAUCAUUUUGCUAUGGUUCAUGGGGCUUUGCUGAGUGGAUGGAGGGAGGCUGAUGGGAUUUUGGCGGGGCGGAAGGCUUGA